AUGUGUGAUGAUGUGGAACCUAAUUUUGACGCUAUGAAUGACGGAGUUGAACCUGUUAUGAUUGAUUUGACUGAUGUGUUUACCCCCGACAUGAUGUUCGAUACACGAGAUGAAUUAUUGAAAUGGGUUAGAAAUAUUGGAAGGGAAAAUGGAAUUGUUGUUGUGAUUUUUAGAUCUAAAACUGCGACAGCACGACCAAGAACAAAGACAAAAUUAAUUCUUGGUUGUGAAAGAAGUGGUAAAUAUAGACCUUGGAAGAAUCCUAAUCUUACGAGGAGUACUUGGACUAGAAAAUGUGAUUGUCCAUUUAGAUUGAGAGGAACACGAUCAAGUGUUGGUGAUGGAUGA